GCGCGCUACUCUUUUUUAGCAGCGCUGGCCGGGAUCUUCUGUGCUUGACGCUGCUGGCGUGGACGAGUGGACAUGGCGAGCUCCGACUGUGAGGGCCAUGCGGGGCAGGAGGGGGAGACGUUCUUGUACUUCGCCUACGGCAGCAAUCUGCUGACCGAGAGGAUCCACCUGCGAAACCCCUCCGCCGAGUUCUGCUGCGUGGCGCGCCUGCAGGACUUUAAGCUCGACUUCGGCAAUUUCCAAGGCAAAAUGAGUGAGAGGUGGCACGGAGGUAUAGCUACCAUUUUUCAAAGUCCUGGCGAUGAAGUGUGGGGAGUAGUGUGGAAAAUGAACAAAAGCAAUUUAAGUUCUCUGGAUGAGCAAGAAGGGGUUAAAAGUGGAGUGUAUGUUGUGAUAGAAAUUAAAGUUUCAACUCAAGAAGGGAAAGAGAUAACCUGCCGAAGCUACCUGAUGACAAAUUAUGAGCCAGCACCCCCGUCACCACAGUACAAGAAGGUUAUCUGCCUGGGUGCGAAGGAAAACGGUUUGCCACAGGAAUACCAAGAGAAGUUAAAGGUGAUAGAACCAAAUGACUAUAAAGGAAAGAUCUCAGACGAAAUGGAAGACAUCAUCAGAAAGGGAGAGUCAAAACUGUCCUAACAGAUGCCGAAGACGUGUGUGCUAGUAUGAAGGGUUUUAACGUUUGCGAGCGGGAGUCUAGACCUCCUUGUUUCUGACCUGUUGAUUUUCAGCAGCGCCGUGAAGGGCUUCUCACUUAGACGAUCCCUUAUUUCCAACUGUAACAAAGAACUGGAGAUACCGAUUAGAAAUUAAAAGGGGCCAGGGGAUCCUGGCAUGUGCAAGUGGU